UUUACAUUUUUGUUGCUUUAGAUCCGAAGAACUCUCAUUCUUAAUCUCAUUUCCAUCUCCAUUGAAGCAAAAAUAAGAAAAACUAUACCCAAAAAUCAACCACAUUACUUGAAAUUUAGUGCCAAGAAUCAAGAAAAUGUUAAGGGUGCUACAAUUAGGAUUUAGAAAGACUAUGAUAUGGUUGUUUUUCAUUUUUGCAAUGCUAUACAUUAUCUACUCUUAUCAUCUUCUCAUAAUCAAGGAUCGUCAAUGCAUUACGCACGAAGAAAAUCUCGAAUUCCUAAGCAAUAUGACGAACCUUAACGACCAAGAAAAAGAUCAAGAUCAAGAACAAGAACCAAAACAUGUUUCCUUACAAGAACCUAUUCAAAUACCUCAAAGAUCACAGUCUUACAAGACAGGAUUAAAGCACAUUGUUUUCGGGAUUGCAGCGUCCGCGAAUUUGUGGGAGAAGCGGAAGGAGUAUGUCAAGAUAUGGUGGAAGCCGGGGCAGACACGAGGGAUAGUUUGGAUGGAUAGAAGAGUAAGGACUAGAGGAAACGAAAAUUUGCCGGAAAUUCGAGUUUCUUCGGAUACCUCGAAAUUUAAGUACUCGAAUAGGCAAGGACACCGAUCAGCAAUCAGGAUUUCUCGGGUGAUUUCUGAAACGUUGAAGCUCGGAUUGAAGGAUGUGAGGUGGUUCGUUAUGGGAGAUGACGAUACUGUUUUCGUUGUCGACAAUGUGGUGAGAAUUCUGUCAAAAUAUGAUCAUAGGCAAUUGUAUUACGUUGGUAGCUCAUCGGAAAGUCAUCUUCAGAAUAUAUAUUUCUCUUAUGCUAUGGCGUAUGGGGGUGGUGGAUUUGCGAUAAGUUACCCGUUGGCGCAACAGUUGGCUAAGAUGCAAGAUAGAUGCAUUCAGAGAUAUCCUGGAUUGUAUGGCAGUGAUGACAGGAUUCAGGCUUGUAUGGCUGAGCUUGGUGUACCACUAACCAAAGAAGCUGGAUUUCAUCAGUACGAUGUCUACGGAGACCUACUAGGCCUUCUAGGAGCUCAUCCUGUGACUCCACUGGCAACACUUCAUCACCUAGAUGUAGUACAGCCAGUAUUUCCACACAUGACUAGAGCUAAAGCCAUACAACAUCUAUUCCAAUCAGUCGCCCUUGAUUCAGGCAGCAUAAUGCAGCAAUCAAUCUGCUACGACAAGAAAAGGUACUGGUCGAUCUCAGUUUCCUGGGGAUUCGUCGUUCAAAUCUGGAGAGGAGUUAUCUCUCCCAGAGAGCUCGAAAUGCCCACAAGAACAUUCCUCAAUUGGUAUCGAAAAGCCGAUUACACUGCAUAUGCAUUCAACACAAGGCCUGUGACAAAACAUCCAUGUCUCAAGCCUUUCAUUUUCUAUAUGAGUAAUACUAAGUAUGAUAGAGCAAGGAGGCAGAUAAUUAGUGUUUACACUCGCCAUAAAUCCAACACUCCUUAUUGCCGAUGGAGGAUGGCUUCUCCCGAGAAAAUUAACUCAGUCGUAGUACUAAAGAAGCCGGAUAGUCUUCGAUGGCAAAGGUCGCCAAGAAGAGAUUGUUGCAGAAUUCUGCCAUCAAACAGAACCACAACACUGUACUUAUGGGUGGGGGAUUGUCGAGAGGGCGAAGUUAGUGAAUUAUAGAUGCAACGAGGAACCUAGAUUUUGCAGUGCAGACUAGAACAAAAAGCAAAAACAAAGAGUGCCAUUUAGAAAUAUAGUUCAGAAGAUCAAAUUUUCAACUUCUGCCACACAAAAAACUCAGAAUUGAGAUUCUCAAGAAAAAAAUUUCAUUUCUGAAUUCAUUUCGCCUAUGUAAAGUGGACACAUGCUCAAUAGCAUUUAUAGAUUUCUUUACAAUUGCAUCUAA